AUGGCCGAGUGCGGGGCCCGGCUGCGCUGCGGCCGCCCCCUGCUCCUCCUCACCUGCUUCUUCGCGCCCUUUCUCGGCCAGCCGGGAGCCGGCCCUGCCGCUCGCGCCCCUCAUGCGGGUAUAUCUGAACCUUCUUUUAUUGCUAAAAGUGAAGAUCGUUUGUUUAAACAUUUAUUUGAAGACUAUCAAAGAUGGGUUCGUCCAGUGGAACGCUUGAAUGACACUAUAAAAAUCAAGUUCGGCCUUGCGAUCUCUCAGCUAGUAGAUGUGGACGAGAAAAAUCAAUUGAUGACAACAAAUGUCUGGUUGAAGCAGGAAUGGAUAGAUGUAAGAUUAAGGUGGAAUCCUGAAGACUAUGCUGGAAUAACAUCUAUUCGUGUCCCAUCAGAUUCUAUUUGGAUUCCAGAUAUCGUGUUGUAUGACAAUGCAGAUGGACGUUUUGAGGGAACAUCUACAAAAACUGUGGUGAAAUAUGAUGGCACCAUUGCUUGGACUCCACCAGCAAACUACAAAAGUUCUUGUACUAUUGAUGUAACCUUCUUCCCCUUCGACCUCCAGAACUGCUCUAUGAAGUUUGGCUCCUGGACUUAUGAUGGUUCACAGGUUGAUCUAAUUCUUGAAGAUUAUGACGUUGACAAAAGAGACUUUUUUGAUAACGGAGAAUGGGAAAUAGUGACUGCAACAGGGAGCAAAGGAAAUAGGACUGAUGGAUGCUGCUGGUAUCCUUUUGUUACAUAUUCAUUCAUAAUUAGACGUUUGCCACUUUUUUACACAUUGUUUCUCAUUAUUCCUUGUAUUGGCCUUUCAUUUCUGACUGUCCUUGUCUUCUAUCUUCCUUCAAAUGAGGGUGAAAAAAUUUCACUUUGCACUUCAGUACUGGUAUCUUUAACUGUGUUUCUUCUUGUUAUUGAAGAGAUUAUUCCAUCAUCUUCCAAAGUUAUUCCACUUAUAGGAGAAUACUUGGUGUUUACAAUGAUAUUUGUGACACUGUCCAUUGUGAUAACUGUAUUUGCUAUCAAUAUCCAUCAUCGCUCUUCAUCUACACACAACGCUAUGGCACCUUGGGUUCGCAAGAUAUUUCUUCACAGACUUCCCAAGCUGCUUUGCAUGAGAAGUCACGUGGAUAGAUACUUUCCUCAGAAGGAGGAAACAGGAAAUAUGAAUGGAUCAGAACCAUCUAGGAACACCUUGGAAGCAGCUCUAGAUUCUAUCCGCUAUAUUAGAAGGCAUGUUAUGAAGGAAAAUGAAGUUCGUGAGGUUGUUGAAGACUGGAAAUUUAUUGCUCAGGUGCUUGAUCAAAUGUUCUUAUGGACUUUUCUUUUGGUUUCAAUAGUUGGAUCACUUGUGUUAUUUAUUCCUGUUAUUCAUAAAUGGGCAAGUAUAAUAGUACCUACAAAUAUAGGCAGUACAAAUGCAUAAAAUAGUUUUGGAUCUGUGUCCUGCUAAUAUGGCUCAGGAGUUUUGCAGCAGCUCUAUUUCCACGUAUGUUCUUUGUAGGCAUGUUUCUGAUAGAGUAACAAAAAUCCAAACCCAGAAAAUUAUGUUUAUUUUAAAGCAUGGCAUCCCUAGGACACAUAGAAGUCAACUUGCUUAUUGCCAGUCUACUAAGUUUUCUUUAAAUCAAGUCAGAAUUAGAAGGAUCUUCUGAAGCCCUUGCAUGUAUGAUAUGUCAGAAAAACAUACACAGACACCUCCUGCAAGGAGAAGAAUUUAGAAUGUUUUAGUGAUGAUUGCUAGAGUCCAAUUGUUAAAUUAUUGUAGGAAUUGUUAUAUUGAAUAUUUAACACUUGCAGAUAUUAACACAGUAGAGUUACUUAUUUCAAUUUCCUAUAGUACACAAAAGGGAAUUUUUAGGGGCUCUCUUGAAUGUGUUAUAAAAGUAUGAGGUUUAUACAAAGUAAAUUCAAAAUAAUAAUAAUACCAAUAAAAAUUCCUAUAUAUCCAACAUAUCAGUAAAAGUAGCAAUCUGGUUAUGUUUUGCCUGUAUAAAUUCAAGGGACUCUGCAGCUAAAUUUCAAUCCUGUUUAAUUUUAUUAUACUAACACAAACAUUUAAUAUAGUAAACUUCGUUAAAAUGUCUGCAGUAUACAGGUAUAUUGAUAUCUUUCUGUCAGUUAUGGAGAAGAAGACAGACACAAUUAAAUGAGUUCCCAAGUUGCACAGGUAUUCUAAUGGACCAGAACAUUCAGAUGUAUUUAUUCUUGAUGAAGGAUUUGAUAUAACAUGUUAGUUGAAAACAGGUUAGUAAUUUCCUGCCUUUGUGUGUUUCUCAGAAUUAAGUUUUUAAGCACAAUUAGAAGGAAUAUGGGGAAUGCCCUUCUGAAGGAAAUGGGUUGAAGACUACUAUGCUGUGUAACCAAAUUGAAAUGAUUGAUAUUUCACACAGUUGUUAAACUGGACUUAGAAAUUUAGCUUUUAAUCGAUUCUCUCCAUUAUAGAACCACAUAUAACUCUAAACAAUGAGAUCUUGCACCUUUCCAUGCUUUUUUCUGAAAGUGCUGAAAACUAACUUGUAACUUUUAAUCCAAUAAGAUACAUUCUUUAAAUACUGAUUUUAAAUGUAUUAUGAUGCCACCUUUCUUAAAAGCUUUAUUUCUGGAAGAGACACUAAAAUUGAUGGGGGUUCUCCUCCACCAAAUUUUUGUCAGUGCAUUUCAUAGUGUUGCAUCCUGCAGGGCUAGUGCAGUAAUGCCAAGCUGGAGCAAGUCUUGGGAGGUUUUUAUUUUUGCUUAGAUUUCUACAUUAAUAUUAACAUAUUUAGAUUAGAAAUUUAAUGUAAAUUGUGCUAUCUUGGAUAAUGUAAGUUAUGAAUAUGGAAAAUGCAUAAGUAUUUCCCCCCAUCUCUUUAAGAAUAGUGCCAUUUGGCACUGUACUGAUCACAAUACUGAUUACUUAUAUCAUAACUUAUAGAUUAUUGAAUACUUAUUUCAAAUGGUUUUCACAUGUAGGACAUUCUUCGGUUUGUGUAGCUUUUAAAGGCUCACAGGCCUUAAAUAUGCUAGUUUAUAAUUAAUUCUGAUUAUAAAGCGAGGCCCUCCUUCCUCUUCAGUUAUACAAUUACAUCUAGCAUUGGAUAUCUGUAUUUCCUCUAUUCCCAUCAUUAUUAAUUUCAAACAUGAUUUUGCAAAAGUUAUCUGAUUUAAUCCAUUAAUAUAAUUUUAACUUUCUCAGGAUUACGAAGAUUAAACAAUGCAUCAGUGGCUUUCUCUGCGUGGAAGUUGCAGAAAUAUGUUGGGUAUCUUCUUUCCUCCUCAAAUGCUAAAUUACUUUUUAUAGUCCUCCUUGAGUUUCAAUUACUGAAGGAGUCCCAGUCUUCAUACUAGUAACUAGUUUUACAAGUGCGUUAAUUUCUUUUAGUCGCUUCUACAAUCUGAUCAUGAUAUAUACAGCUAAGAUAGGUGACACUAGAAUUCUUAGGGUCUUCAGCUUAUCAGGUGUGCCUGAAACAAAAUACUUCUAAUAGACUCAGAAGCAUGGACCUUUCCUUAUGUAACUUGUUUCUGAAUGUGUUGAAAUGUGCUGUCUUAUACAGG